GCCUACACCUAACCUAAAAUCAAAACACUGUGGAUGUGGAUGUGGAACAGUCAAUUUUUAUUACCUCGCUGAUUAUUUCCUCGGUAUUCUUUAUUUUUGUGUGUGUUUUCUAGUGAUAAGAUGCGGAUGUUCUGUUGAAUUAUUAGUUUAAAUAAGAUAUUUUAUAAUGAUUGAUGUUAUGAAAUUUUAAAUGCACCAUCCUCUUCCCUUCAUCUCCAUUCUCAGUGGUCACCCUUUCAGCACAUCCUUUCUUUAGUUUUCAAAAUUAAUCUUUUUUCCUAAGUUUUAAUUAGUGAUGGCUUCAAGAGGAGGACCGUACGUAGUUGGCACUGAUGGUGCAGAUUUUGCUCACAGGCAGCGAGUAGCUGCUCAGUACCAAAUUAGUGCUCAAAACAAGUCAAGAUUGAAAUGGUGUAUAUUUUUCCAUUAUCUUUUAUUCUUUGUCAUGCUAGCAAAACUGUCAGCAGAUAUUUUAGAUAAAUUAGAUAUUUUCAUCCUUGAAAUAGAAGAACUGGAAAUACCCAAACCAUUAUGGUGGGAGUACACUUGGUGUAUAAGUCUACUCCUCUCAUUUCUAGGGCUGUCGGCUGUGAAGAAAAACAAAAUCAAAAUGAUGGAGCGCUACAUGAUGGGUAUAGGUGUUUUUGGAUUUUGUCCUUUGCUAUAUGCCAUAAUUUACUAUUUUUCGGAUGUCUGGGCGUACGUCAAUAGAGGAGACACAAAACACAUUGAAACUUGGCAGGGGUACCCAUAUGGACUUCUCUGGUACGCGUUUAUUCUUCUAGCUCUACAAGUUCACUUGUUCUCUCUCUUUUUUGCAAGAAAUCUUCUCACAGCCUGGACAUCGAGAGGCACCAAAAAAGCUCAAUAGGAAGUAGUCUGAACUUGUUGUUGUUUUUCUUUUUUUUCUCUUUUUUUCCAACAAAAUACUUAUUAACUUACCAAAUUUGUGUUCAGUUGUCUCUGUUACUAAAAUAAUGAGUUCAGUUAAUUGUUGACAAAUUUUGUAAGACAGAUUUUUGUACUUUUUUCUGUGGAUACCAGUAUGCAGUGGGAGUAAAAUCCACUUGGAAUUUUAAUUUGUUUUUCAAUUUGAGAACUUCUCUUGACUUCAGACGACUGAAAAAUUCUUCCAUUAUGUGCAAUUACUGUUCACAAAUUCACUCACCUUGAUCAAGGUGUGAACCAAGAUCUAAAUGCUAAAUGUUAGCUGCUGACAGAUGGACCUAAUUCUGCAAUAAAGAACAACUAUUUUUGGUUCAUUUCAGAAACAACUUAUGUGCCAUUAGUUUUCCCUUGCAGAUAGGUGCCGUUGUGGAUGAGCUAGAAAUAGCAGUUCUAUAAUGCAUGAUGUGUCCCAAACAGCAGUAAGGGUUAUUAUUAAACCAAUAUAAUAACAAUUUAUAAUUUUACAUCUAACAUCAGUCACCAUGGACCUCACUAGGAGUGUGCUAUGUCCAGGAGAAACAAUAUCAGCGAAAGAAAAUGGUUAUUCAAUACAGAUUUUCAUCACCCAAACAUUUUUAGUUUUUCUCUCUUAGUGGUGAACCAGUCUCUCUGUUAAAAUUGCUGAAUCGGAAAUGGUCCUUUGAUAUUCGACAAUUUUUAUCCCAUUAAAGAACAUGUUUAAUAAAGAUUGAAAUACUGAAAGCCUGGACAUUGUCGAUUGAAAGUAUGUACAUAAUCAUAUUCAUGUCUUAGGCCAAUAAUCAAAUUAGUCAUUUUUUCAAAUUCCUAGGCAUAUGGGUAUUAUGUAAGGCAAUAGCUAUUUUUUAUCAAGCAUGAAUCAUUAUAACAUGUACUUAAUUCAUCGGCUAUUGGGUCGUUUUUGUCAGUAAUAAAUGAACUAAGAUCUGACAGUACUUUUUUACGCACAAAAGUGUUCCUAAUUUCUAAUAAUAGGUACUGACUCAAAUUAUCUCUUUGAGAUAAAUGCUAGUUGCUCCUUUGGAGUCUUAGGUAAAUCAAUGUGAAUGAUUUUUAUGUAAAACUUGAUAAAUUUUGACUGCGCAAUUAACAUUGUGGUCAUUUGUAGCCCCAAAAAAUGACAUGUAUAUUUUCCUUUAAACUCUAACCUUUAAAGUAUUCAUUGUUUUUUUCUUCUUAUGCCUUUUUACCAUUUCAAUCCCACUCUGUUUCCAAUUUAUUUUUGAACAAACAUGCAAAUAUUUCAAAGAAUUCGAUUAGACAUCCAAAAAAUGAAAACGCAACCUAUGCGUUUGAAAUGAACUUGCAUCAGUAAAACAUAAAAAAGUCUGUAUUUGCCCUGUACAAAUACACUUCUGUGAACUUGCCUUUGUAUAGACAUUUUUUUAAAUUUUUUGCCCAAUAUUUAUUGACCUAUACUAAAUUUUAAAAAAUGCUGAGGAUGAGUCUGGCUCUCAAAACAGUCUCCUCGUAAAUCUUUUUCAUGAAACCCAAAGGAAUCGUUUAAAGACAAGGUUUUGUUCUUUCUUUACAUCCUAAAAUUUUACUUUUUAUAGCCAUUAACUCCUCAGUAAAAGAGAGUCAGGCAAUUGGAAACUUUAUCUUUGAGUACAUUCUAUCAGUUGAAAACGUUCAGAAAAAGAUCUAGGAUUAUAUCUAAAAUUGAAAAAUAUUUAAUAUUUUGUGCGUUUACAGUACCUGUGUAGUUUUUCUACUUUAAGAAUAUUUUUGACUAAUUUCGAAAUGAAAACGGUGUAAGAUUUUCAAAGAAUUGUUAAGUUCUCUCCUAACUUGUGAAUUGAAAGAAAAAUUUUUACUUAUCCCAUCAUAUGCACGUUUCCUCUGUUCUUUCAACGAAAACUGAUGCUUUAAUGCUUGAUGAUUGCGUAUUAUAAGUGACUGUUGAAACUUUAUUCUUCUAAAGAGUCCAUGACAAAGAUAAUUUUUUAAUCUUCGUCACAGUAAGCUUUGAACUAAACAGAAUUUUCUAUCCGAAAAAUUUUCUGAUGAUCAGGAACUUUACUUUUUUCUAAAUUAAGGAAAAGUUUGGUGAUAUUUCUUGUUUCGUUUCUUAAUUACCUAACACUCCUGGUAAAUAUGAACUUUUUUAUUUGAUAGAACCAAAUUUUGAUACACCAAUCAAGUAUACUACUUUGUAGUGAGUUUACACAAGUAGUAUUUUAAUGAAGUGUCUCUGUAAUAAUGUGUUUUAUCCCAUGGAUUGUUAAAAUAUUUUCAUUAAGUGCAUAUUAUUCAAAUGAGUUUCUGUUGAUUAAAUUUUCUUGGUUUUCA